AUGUUAACAGCUAGACCUCGCUGGGUCUGUGUCCUGGAGCACGCUAGCGGCCAUGGACCGAUCAGGCAGGCUCUAGGUAAUGGGAAAGAUGCUGUUAUGAAUAAAUUACAGAAGCUCGAAAGAAAGUCUCGGAAAUUAGAGGACAAGUUCCGGUUUCGCUUGAGCGCGUUCGCCAGAAGAGAAAGUGCUAAUAGGGACGCGGCGAACGAUGCGCCAGAAGAUGAGGAAAGUGAGCGAAAAAAGACUUCGAUGACUGAUGGGGAAUAUCGACGGCGAAUAAAAGAGUUGAGGGGUAUGCAUGAUACACUGGUGGCGUGUAUGGAGUGUAUCGAAACCAAUACAACUAAGGUGCUACAAGAUCAAGAAAAAGAUCUCAUGCGGGCCUUCCGAGCUCGAAUGCAAGAUGUAGCUCGAGAGCUCGAACACCAGAGGGAACUGAAGGGUGACUACUCGAUGGAAUUGCAAGCUCGACAUGACGAGAUGUUGGUGGACCUCCGGGCCAGUCGUGAACUUGCGCAGUCGUUCGAGCGGAGGAAUGAACAGCUUGAAGGCGAGAGAAAGGGGCUAGCGGAGGCUCUAGAGGCACAAGAAGAUGAUCGUUGGCGCUUACUCGAGGAACUGGGAACUGUCGUUACUCUACCAGGCGCCGCUAAGGUGUCAUCAGGAUUACCGAGCUCUGGUACCAGCGGUGGCAGUAACGAUGUGCUACUCGAGAACAGUGGAGGGUCAGGAGACCGGGCCAACGCUGAUAUCGGCGGUGGCUCUACUGCUCGCACAAGGAUGACCAAUUUAGCGUAUGAGAGGGAGUUGAGAUAUCGUAAGACCAUCGACGCGUUGAGGGAUCGAAUCAAUAGUGAUAAGUUGUCGCUGAAGUAUCUACGGGAAGCCAUAGACCAGCAGCUGCGACAGCGAUCGGAGAUUGAAGUGUUCCUCCAGCAGUGCAUUGAUGACGUUAAGAACGAGAUAUCCCUCUAUCAGAAGCAACAGUGUCAGAGAGCUACUGGUGACCAGAGGCUCUCCCCUGGGUACUCAGGAGAGGGUUCUCUGGGACUUGGGGAUGCUACGCCCAUGACCGACAGCAUUGACACUGUCCAUGACUUGGACCGGGAGCGGGCGUUGGAGCUGCUGCUGGGACAAGAGAGGAUUGUGCAAGUCCUGCACCAGAAGAUUAUGGAAGGCCGCGAUCGCCAUGAUCGAUCGAUUUAUGAUAACCUUGCGCAUGAGCCUAGUGGAAGCUUCCCAUCGCAAGUACAGUUGUGGUCCAGAGAAGCUGCGGUGCGUGGGCUCAUCUCGGAAGAGUUGCUCCCGCGCCUUCUACUCUGCAGUGGCCCGGAUUAUGCGAUCCACGAUGUGAUCCGUGGAUCUUCUACUAACCGAGGUGGCACUUUCGACAUCGGCGACGUCGCUGUACAGAGCUUUCCAAUAGACGCCUCGCUCUCCAACGGCUACCGUUACGAGCUAACACUACGCCCUGCGAUGUGGGAUGACCCGCAGCUUUCAGACGAAUUCCAAACGACUCCUCAGGCGGGGGCAUAUGAUAUAUCCAAAGCCUUUGAGAAAGGUGUAUUCGUACCACCGCCAGAACCCGAAAAACCUCCGAUUCGAGGAUACAGUGGAGUUAAGCAAACAAGCUACAAGGAGUUUCCCUUCGUUAACUACUUCGACUUGCAUGCUCUCGAUUAUCCUCGUUGUCGCGACCAUCUUAUUGGUUUGGCCGCUCUCACUGGCAACUUCCGUCAAGCAAUUGGCUUUCUCUUCGCUCGUGGUUACGGCAACAUCGACGAUGCCUCGAGGGCUUUUGAUGCUUUUUCUCGAGGAGAUUACGUCGUCUGUGCCACCCUACUGCCUGAGAGGUUCCACGCGGCAUCCGAGGUUCUCCAGAGCCUCUCUGCCGGGGCAACAUGGAGGGAAGCAUUCUUAGCAUGCGAAGCCUCAGAACGUUACAUAUCAUCAGGUCUGGGGUGGAUAUGGAAUGGUGUCGCCUCUCGCCGUGUCACCCUUUCCCGAUCUGUUCUCCCUGGCGAUCUCAUCAUGCCUCCUGAUGCUGACACACCCUUCAUCGUGCAGAACGCCGAGGACGCCAGGAGAUAUACCCUAUCACAAGUUGUUCUCCCUCUGAAUCUCCUGGACAAGUCGCUGCUACCAACAAGCAUCGGGAAUUUCCCUUCAGCGAUAAUAGCGACCAUCCAUCAAGCUGGUGACUUGACUGAAAUUCCUCCAAAGGAGAAGUUCAGACCAUUGGUUUCCAACGCCCGUAGUGUGUACAUUGAUCCUGUCGAUGGAGGUGCCCUUCGUGUCUCAUUUACACUCAAUAGCGGUAGCUACGCUGAUGUUGCUAUGCGAGAGGUUUGCGGGGACCAGAUUCUAUGCAAGUCGGAAGAAGGGCCAAGGAAAGUUGAACUCAAUUUACUGCGCAUGUUUCCCGAUAUCUGUUUCUUAUGA